AACAGAGUUCAAUGGUAUUUUUUUUCUGUUGAUCGGUUCAAUUUAAUUUCUCACUAAAUUUUUUCCCCGAUCUUAAACAUAACCCCUCUUCUUCUUCUCUUGUAAAUCCUAAUAAUUUCAUCUUCCCUUUGGGUUUUCAUGGAGGAAAUCAAUUGGGGUACCCUCUUCCUGGAGGCUGACUUUCCCGAUUUCGGAGAUAUCUUACAGAAUGAACCGGAACCGGUAACUGAAACGCCUCCGUAACCCUUUUCGACCGAGAAUCGCGAUCAAGAACCUGCGGUUUCUUCAUGGAUCGGGUAGAUCGAGAAGGCUUUGAUGGAGGAUGAUCAUUCUGGCGAUAGGACUGAGACUCAGCCUGCCUCCGAUGAUGAUUUCUUCGCUGAUUUACUGGUCGAUUCACCUCCUAGUGGCGGUGUGGCCUUCGACGAUGCUGAUUUCAGAAAACAAAACCAGACCCACACCGAGGUCGAUAAAGAUGAUCCCUUUAUUAAGAAACAGAGAAGGCAGUUGAGAAACAGAGAUGCAGCGGUGAGAUCAAGGGAGAGGAAGAAGAUUUAUGUCAAGGAUCUUGAGAUGAAGAGUAGGUAUUUAGAAGGGGAAUGUAGGAGACUGAGCCAUAUGCUUCAGUUCUUCAUUGCUGAGAAUCAAGCUCUUCGUCUUACUUUGCAUAAGGGUGGCACAUUUGAUGCAUCCUCAGCCAAGCAGGAGUCUGCUGUGCUCUUGUUGGAAUCCCUGCUGUUGGGUUCCCUGCUUUGGUUCCUGGACAUCAUGUGCCUCUUCACGCUGCCAGCACUGCCCAAGUCAGUUCCACUGGCAAACGAGGAAGCACAAAGUCCCGAAAGAGUGGCUCCAAGAGGGGUAGAGAGUAACCCGGUCGGACCAACUUUUGUAACGACUAGGAGAUGCAAGGCAUCAAGGGAAAAGAUGAAAGAUUUAUUGUUUUUAUGGGAAUUUUAGUUCCAUUUUACGUUUUUAAUGUGAUGGGUGUGUGGGUCUUAUUGUGUUAUUACGGCAUUUGUGGUUGAUAAUAAGCACUCUUCCAUCUUUGUUUUU